AUGGAGACCGGCCUGCUAGGGGUAGGCGUUUACUGCCUCAUCCCUGCAGCCCUGCUCUAUCUCAUCAACGCGACAUUCUUCCGCGCCCCGACCAUUAAAGGUGUCGCCUAUAUACGAGAACCACCAGGGAAGACCAGCUUCAGCUUAAUGACGCGCCUGGCCUAUCUCACAGACUGCGAGUCGCUGUUCCGUGAAGCCCAGGAGAAAUACCUGAAGAAAGGCGAGGCGGUGGUCCUGCCUGGCUUUGGACUGCGCUGCGAGCUGGUGUUACCCGGUUCCUCGCUGCGAUGGGCGAACGCGCAGCCGGACAGUGUGCUGAGUGUGGACGAGGCAUUUGUGGAAAUCGAUCAGGCGGAUUAUAGUCUUGGGGACGCGAAGUAUAUUAAGAAUCCGUGGCAGGGGAUGCUGGUGAAGACGGAGAUGAAUUCCGUGUUGGAGAAUAUUGUCGCGGCGCUGAAUGAGGAGCUGGGCGUUGCGUUCGAUGCGCAUUUUGGUGUCGAUGGGGAGAAUUGGAAGGAGAUUGACUUGCUGGCGACGGUCAGGAUGGUUGUUGCCCAGGCUGCGAGUCGGUUUACCGUGGGAUUGCCGUUGUGUCGAAACCAGGAAUACCUCAACGACUGUCUCGAUGCGGUCGAUGGUUGCCUGAUCACCGCUGGAGUGGUUAGCGGGCUGCCUACUAUACUACGUCCAUUGCUAGGCCCUCUGGUUGGUCUCAAGGCCAGACUGGCGAACAGACGAGUGCGAAAACACUUCCAACCGCUUUACUAUGAGCGUAUCAAGACACUCGAAUACAGUAAAGACGACCCAGCACACGUCGAACCGCAGGACCACAUCCAGAUGAUGCUGCGGUACGCGCAUCAGAAAAGACCCAACGAAGUAUACGACUUGAAGAACAUCGCCACACGCCUGACAGCGGCGAACUUUGGCUCGAUGCACCAGACGAGUAUCCAGGUGACGAACAUGCUGCUGAACAUACUUGGCUCUGACGAAGAGUACAACACCAUCGCUGUUCUCCGGGACGAGGUCGCGCAGAUCCUAGGUUCCGAUACGCAGUGGAGCAAGGCCCAGGUCUCCAAGAUGGUCAAGGCGGAUAGUGUCUCGCGCGAGACAAUUAGACUGAACUCAUUUGGCGGACGAGCAGGGUUUCGCAAGGUGGUGGCCGACGGGGUGAGAACAGAUGCAGGGCUGGAACUGCCCAGAGGCAGCCAGUUCUCGUUCCUGAGCCAGCAGGCGCAUGUCGACGGGGCUGCAUACGAGGAUCCCCUCAAGUACGACCCGUUCAGGUUCUCGCGCAUUCGAGAGGCGGACGAUGCAGCACAGACUAGCGCGUUGAGCUUUGUGUCGACGGGGCCGCAUUAUCUUGGGUUUGGACAUGGGCGGCAUGCUUGUCCUGGGCGGUUUCUGAUUGACUUUGAGCUGAAGAUGAUUAUUGCGUAUGUUUUGAGCAACUAUGAUGUGAAGUUUCCAGAGGAAUAUGGCGGAAAGAGGCCUCCUAAUCGCUGGAUGGCGGAGGCUGUGGUCCCCCCUGCUGGUGUGAAGGUGCUGGUACGACGGUCUUCGCUAUAG